AUGCACUUCCAUGCUCCAAGUCGUCGGGACAGAGCCAUUUCGCCAACAAUCAGUAUGGGCAACGGUGGUACAUACUGUCAGGGAAAGCGGUGAAGCGAAGAUGUGGAGGAGGCAGAGGAGGAGGAGGAGGCAGAGGAGGAGCGGGAGGAAGAAGUGGUCACAGUUUGCCAACAAAAUGUACCACUGUAUUCCACCUUGACACCACCCAACCACAUGCUUCAAUCGACACUCUCAAAAACUCGUUACAUCGUUGUGGCCGUGGUGCCUUAUCGUGCCUCCGCCAUGCCGCCGAGAUCUCACGCACCCCCGGUAGCAGCAGUCCAGUGGUUUGUGCAACUCACUGCACUACGCAACUAGGUCAUAUUCGAAAUCCCUGCAACGCCACCUGUACUAGACUCGUGCUCAUUAGUAGUCAGCACCGUGAGAAGACGUUGACGAAGCGAAUGCCGCAGUAA